GAGUCACUGGCUCCACCUGACCACCUUGUUCCUCGCACUCUCAUCAUCCUCCGUAAUACUGCUUCUAGUCUCUGCUCAGCUACCAAGGACGAUAGCAAACACAACUUCUGCCCAUUAAUGAUGGAUAACAACCCAGAGGAAUGCUCAGUGUGUUUUAACGAUUAUGAUGACAAUCAGCUACGGCCUCGCACUCUGCCAUGCUACCACACAUUCUGCUCCCAGUGUAUUGACAAUGCUAUCAAGAAUGGUCAGCUGACCUGCCCCAGGUGCCAUGCCCGGCACGCUGCCAAAGCUGCUACUCAGUUCCUAAUUAGCUAUAGUAUGGAGGCACUUGUUAGGAAACUCAAAGAUAUCCAGCGAACACAAGAGAAAACUGAACCAGCAAAAAAGAAGUUACGUUCCCUGGUGCAGGAGCAGAAGAUCAUCAUCAGCAGCCUCACUACUAACUGUAAAGAGGUGCAGGAGACCAUCAGGGAGGCCAUGGAGAUGAUGACUACAGAGACAGGUGCCACAGCUGACCCCGUACCCCUGGAAGACUCGGCCUCCAGCAUCAUGAAUAAAGAUCAGGAUAUCACUGGAGAGAUCCUCAACAAGCAAUUAACAGUAAGGUUUUUAUUUUUUCUCAUAUGUCAUAUCACAAGAUAUUGAGUACCGGUUUGAGGA